AAAAAUCCGGAAAUCGGGCACCUGCUCCAAGGUGUGAGAAAAUUGUAUUAUCGGACGACAGACAGAUAAGACUCUCCAACAUAAUCUACGCGACGCAAUUCAUUUGCCACGAAUUUAGAGAGGCAGAGAAAAAUAAAACAAUGCCCAGGAUUAUCGAAUGUGUCCCGAACUUUUCGGAAGGUCGGAAUAAGGAGGUAAUUGAGGCCAUUGCUAAUGCAAUAGCAUCAACAGAGGGAUGUAAUUUACUGGAUGUUGACCCUGGGGCCUCCACACAUCGCACUGUUUAUACAUUUGUGGGUACACCAGAGGCCAUUGUAGAAGGGGCUCUCAAUGGGGCACGGGUUGCCUAUCAAGCCAUCGAUAUGAGGAGGCACAAAGGUGAGCAUCCAAGAAUGGGAGCCCUGGAUGUGUGUCCGUUUAUCCCAGUCCAGAACGUCAGUAUGGAGGAGUGUGUGGAAUGUGCCAAGGAGUUCGGAGAGAAACUCGCCAUGGAGCUCGGAGUUCCAGUGUAUUUGUAUGCUGAGGCAACAGAUAACCCAGACAGGAAGUCACUUCCGUACAUAAGACAAGGCGAAUAUGAAUUACUGCCGGAAAAGCUGUCACAACCAGAAUGGAAACCAGACUUUGGACUACCAGAGUUUGUACCAAACUGGGGAGCUACGGUGACAGGGGCUAGGAAUUUCCUGAUUGCCUACAACAUCAACGUUCUGUCAACAAAGGAGCAGGCCCAUCGUAUCGCCCUCAACAUCCGCGAGCAGGGCAGGGGCAAAGAGCAGUGUUAUGGCACAGGUUUUGAUGCGGAAGGGCAUUAUGGGACAAAAUGGCAAUACCAGCCCGGGAGACUGAAGCAUGUCCAGGCUAUAGGUUGGUACCUGGAGGAGGCAAACAUGGCUCAGGUCUCCGUCAACAUCACUGACCACGACGAAACCCCCAUACACAAAGUCUACGAGGAGGUGCUCAAAGAUGCAGAGGACCUGAAUCUAGCUGUAUGCGGCUCACAAAUUGUUGGACUGGUUCCCCUGAAGGCGAUUCUACAGGCAGCAGACUAUUACAUGAAGAAAGAGAACCUGUUUAUCCUAGAGGAGGAUCAAAAACUCAGACUGGUAAUCAACAGACUGGGAUUAAACUCUCUUGGGCCAUUCAGCCCCAAGGAAAGGAUUAUUGAGUAUAUGAUAUCUGAUGGCCCUGAUGGAGGACCGCUUAUGUCAAUGGAUGUCAGGGACUUUGUGAUGACUGUGGGGUCAAGGUCACCAUCCCCUGGGGGAGGGUCAGUGUCAGCACUAGCAGCCAGCCUGGGAGCUUCUUUGGGAAGCAUGGUGGGAUUCCUGACCUAUGGAAACAAGAAGUUUUACGAGCUGGACAGUAAGAUGAGAGAGUUGAUUCCACCGCUGUAUAAAGCCAUGAAAGAUCUGAUGCAGUUUGUUGACGCAGAUGCUGCCGCAUACAGCGAAUAUAUGUUAGCAAUGAAGUUGCCUAAGGAUACAGAGGAAGAACAAAUGAUUCGAGAAUUAGCCAUGCAGGAAGGAAUCCAGACAGCCAUACAAGUUCCUGUGACAGUAUCAAGAAUUGCCAAUCAACUAUGGCCAACUCUUAAAGAGUUAUCUACUGUUUGUAACAUUAACUGUAAAUCUGACCUCCAGGUGGGAGUAAGAAUGCUGGAGACUGCGGUUUGGGGGACAUAUUAUAAUGUGACCACCAACUUGUCUGACCUGAAGGACCAAGAAUUCAAAACUCAGGUCCAAGAGGAGAUUUCUGCUGCUGUGAAAUAUGCACAGGAAGAGUGUGCCGCAAUCCUAAAAGUCCUACAAGACCGCAAGGAGUAGUCCAAUGUGUUCAAGAACUUAGAAUCUGCAAUAAAACCGUCCAUUUCCUGUUUGCCUGCUGAUGAGAAGCGAUGCUUUUUGUGAUGUUUUAUUAGAUGUGAGGUUUAUCCUUUUAAGUUUUAAUUACAAACUGUAAGGAGUUAAACAUUUGCAAUGGAGUACGUUAAAUCAAACCUGGUUGUUUUAAAACGUAACUUUUUUUCUGCCUAAAGUUUUUAAACUGAAAAAAAGUUCCCAUUAAGGUGCCUCAAGUUUCCUUUCACUGUAUAAAAAAAGAAAUGAAAACCAGACUUCAGAAAGCAGAAUUCAGAAACUUAUCGUUAACUAUUAAGAUGCCUAUCAUAAUUAUGGUAAGUAACAAAGUUACCAGUAAUUAGUAACUAUUAUUAAUUAGUAACAAAGUUACUAGUAACUUUGUUUGGAUUAGGAACUUUUUUAAUUUUCCUGCAUUUACUUUGUUUCUUUUGUUUUCAAUGACAUAUUUAGUUGCAAUUUUUUUUUAAAGAGAUGUUAGAUCAGUUUACAGAGUUAUAACUUGAUUGUUAAUGAUCCUUAGUAUUACUGUUAGAGUAUUUUCUUGUUUUUGAUUGAACGUACAAUCAUAUGUACUAGAAUUGUUUGAAUAAUGUUGAUUUUUAAAUCAGAGUUUAUAAUGUGUGUUAUUUACGAUCUUUUCACUUUUAGCAAAAAUUAUGGACUUACACUGAAUUUUAGUUACAUGUAUAGAUUUUAUGUUUAAUUUUCUUCGAAGAAUAGCUUAGAAAGAUUUGUUAAAAGUUUACUUUUAUCCAGGAGAUACACAAACAAUAUUGACUCGCAAGAUAGAAAUCCAUUUUCUUAUACCGGUACCUUAGAAUUUAGACAAUUUAGUUUGUUUUUCUUAGUAAAAAGAUGUAGAAAGUUAACGUCUUUAAAACAUUAGUAGAAAUUUGACCCCUUUGGUCUUCUUAUUUGUGGGCAAAGAAAAGUUUUUUUUGUAGUCCUUUUGAGAUGAAAGGUAGGGAGUAUGCAUCUUAUAGCCACCAUUUCAAUAUGAAUAAAAACUUCAUUUUAUUGCUUUAAUUUUCUACAUUGAUGAUCUUUCAUUACUCUUGGGACCAACAAGAUAUAUUUUAUUUACAGCAAUGUGAUAAAAAAAACCUACAUGUGUAUUAAUAUUGUACAUGUAUAUUUACAUGCAUUUAAAGUGAUUUUAAUUGAUGUGUUUACAAUUUUUUUUUACAAAUAAUCUGCAAAACAGUUUGACGAGAACAUUGUUUUCCAGAGUGAUUUAAUUUCCAUAAUAUAUUGAUAUAUUUCACGUGAAUUACAUGCAAUAAUUUGAAUAAGAAAUAUGCGUAUACUUCUUUAUUUUACAUU